AAAGGAAUAGUUUUGUCAUAAUUCAGUCUCAUGUCACAAAUUUUCAUAGCGAGCACUAACAAACGUUUAAAAUUUACGUUUUCCCAGUUGUAGAGACGAUUAAAACAUUCGUUCCAAUCAUGUAGCACAAGGCUUGUGAUAUAUCAUCGUGUUGGCACCGGCAACGGAUCUUUAGUUAGUAGUGAUAAUUACUAAUCUAUUUUAAACGAGUAUUGUGUCAGUAACGGGACGAACGAGACGAACGCGCGUCGUCCUAAAACAUUCGUUCACAAUAAGACAAAAAUGGAUUAUACCAAGCGAGAAAUGCCAGUGUGUGAUGUCUGCCAAAGGCCCGCCAAUCAAACAUGUGGAGGAUGCAAGAUAGUCUAUUACUGUUCGAAGGCUCACCAAAAACAUGCCUGGAAAGAAGGACAUAAGUUUCAAUGUCGACCCUAUAAAAUUGAAUUCUCAGAUGCAAUAGGAAGGCACAUGGUAGCUACUAGAGAUAUAAAACAAGGUGAAAUUAUCCUAAAAGAAAAACCAACCGUAAGUGGGCCGAGAAUAUCUUGUCCAGCUAGUUGUUUGUCGUGUAACAAAAAGCUGGAACCGAUAGAAGUAGACGGUAAGUUAGAUUUUUACAAAUGUACGUCUUGUAAGUGGCCUAUGUGUGGUCUUGAUUGUGAAAUGGCAGAACCACAUAAAGAAGAAUGUAAGCUAAUGACUGACAACAAUUACAAAUGUGAUAUCAAAUAUGAUCGCGCUGAUAAAAUGGAAGCUGCGUAUUGUGUCAUUGCUCCUAUGAGAGUGCUGCUGCUGAAGAGAUCAAACCCACGUCAGUAUGAAAGUGUUAUGUCUUUAGAAUCUCAUUUAGAGGACAGAAUAAAUACACCUUUAUAUAAAGUGUUAAAGGCCAAUCUUGUCACUUUUAUUGUUCGAGUGUUAAGACUGCCAUUUGAUGAGGAAACUAUUCUGAAAGUAGCUUCUAUUUUCGACACUAACUCUUUUGAUGUUAGAUCUCAUGAUGGAUCCAAAAGGUUACGCGCUAUUUUCGUGAUAGCAUCAAUGAUGAACCACAAUUGCAGAGCUAAUACAAGACACAUAUACAUAGGUAAUGAUAACAAUUUAGUUCUAAUAGCUACAGUACCAAUUGCAAAAGGUGAAAUGAUAACUGCGACAUACACCCAAUCGUUAUAUGGAACAUUAGAUAGAAGAAGGCAUAUCAAAGUGAACAAAUGUUUUGAUUGUGAUUGUGAAAGAUGUAAGGAUCCUACAGAAUUAGGUACAUACCUAGGUAGCAUUUACUGUUCCAUUUGCAAUGGAUCUCUAGCAAAUAAUAAGUCAAAAACAGAAGCAAAAAUGGUUUCAACGAACCCUCUAGAUGAAUCCUCACCAUGGCGAUGUGAAGCAUGUGGCUAUUGUAUACAAAGUCGGCAAAUGUUUUGGGGUAAUAAUGCUUUGAAACAAGAGCUUAAUACACUUAACAAAUCAGGGCCUAAGGGUUUCGAGGAAUUCAUAGAUAAGUACACAGUGACGCUUCAUUCCACUAAUCAUUUAGUGAUACAAGCGAAGUUGGCGUUGAUGCAAAUCUAUGGAAACUACGCAGGAUACAAAUUGACAGAACUUUCCGAUAACUUACUGAAGCGUAAAAUUGACAUAUGCCAUGAACUUUUGGAAGUAGCAGACAAUCUGGAACCAGGCUGGACAAGGUUCCGAGGCACCAUACUUCUGGAAUUACAAGGCGCUAUGACGAUGCAAACUAAAAGAGAGUUCGAAGCUGAAAUAAUAACGAAAGCUGGAGCACAAGAUCAACUGAUGGAAAGUAUGACAUUGCUGCAAGAGGCAACACGCAUUUUGAGAAUAGAACCUCAUAUGAAAGAAACUUUGGAAACCAAGCUUCAAGAACUCUCUACUUUACUAGAUUCAACAAAUCUCUGAUACUAAAUACCUAACCUAAUCAUAUUUAUAAUUUUCCUGGGGCAUUGAUAGAUGAUCACUAGAACACAAAAACUAAUGUUUACAAUUCUUUUCUGUAUGUUUGUGUGUCUGUCUGUUGUGUUUGUUUGUUCACGCUAUUUUUUUGGUUUCACUACUAGGAAAAGUGAAAUCUGGUAGUACAAUAAUUUGUUGUUUUUGUUUUAUUGCGUACUUCCAAUUAAUAAUUAACUAAUAUGUAGUAAGAUUUAUAUUAAGAUUUAAUUAAUAAAUUAGGGGUUAUUUUGUUAUAUUUAGGAAAGUACCUAUACAAAAUAAGACGUGUAGAUAGAUAUAUAUUUUUUAAUUUUAUCAUUGUAACAAAAUAUUAAUUUUAAAUCCUUUAAUAAGACAAGAUUAAAAGACAAAUUAAUUACUUAUUUACUAAUAAAAUAUAAUUACUAUUUUU